UUUCAAUACGUAAACAACAGUUCGUAAAAAAAUUACAAUUGGAUUCGCAAACUAACAUAAUUUCUAGCAAUGCCACCUAAUAGUGAAUAUUUGGCCAUUGCUGCAAAACGAGCAGAGGAAAAGAAGACGCAUGUCAGUUUCCCUCAGUUAGUGUAUCCUUCGCUCAGAGAUGAUGGCCUAAGAGAUCCAGUGCAAUGGUUAAUGGGGAAAGCUAUGGAUGAUGGUGCAGAGGGUGUAUGGAGGGUACAUGAUGGAUUGUAUGAUUUUGAACCUUUUCUUCAAAUACAUCCAGGAGGUGCAGAAUGGCUAGAAUUAACUAAGGGAACAGACAUAACAGAAGCCUUUGAAUCUCACCAUCUGAAUCCGGCUGUCAACAAAGUGCUGGAAAAAUACUAUAUUAGAAAAGCAAAAACGCCAAGAAACUCUCCUUUUACUUUCAAAGAUGACGGAUUUUUCCGUUCAUUGAAACGAGCGGUUUGGGCGGAACUACAAAAGACGCCUAGACACAUCCACAAAAGAGCUGAUACGAUUAUAGAUGGAUUGUUUGUUGCUUUCUUGGUUUCUUGCGCCAUAUCAUGUAUAUCUAAGAGUUAUUGGGUAGUAAUGACAUCAUACUUAUCAGCAUCUCUGUGCUUAGCUUGGCUAACUGUUGCAGCUCAUAAUUAUAUUCAUAAAAAGACGAAUUGGAGGAUGUAUCUUUUUAACUUCAGCUUAUGGUCCUACAGAGAUUUCAGAGUUUCCCACGCCCUUUCUCAUCACCUUUACCCGAAUACUCUUAUGGAUUUGGAAAUAAGUGGAUUUGAGCCAUUCGUUUUUUGGCUGCCAUUGAAAAAUCGAUUCUACGGAAAAUUUGCCAUUUUCAUCGAACUAGCAACAUUCGGACUAAUUUUCCCAGUCAAUUUCUUCAAACGGUUAAUUUUGAACUUUUUGCGUAAAGAUUUCUUCCUGAAUCACUACCGCUGGCACGAUGUUCUUGGUUUCCUCACACCCGUUUGGAUGUGGGUUAUAAGCGGUUGCAGCUUUUACGAUGCAUUCAUAAUGUGGCUGUGGAUUAUCUGCACUGCUAGUUUUAUAUUCUUUAACAUCGGAUCUAACGCUGCCCAUCACCAUCCUAUUUGCUUUAGAGACGGCGAUGAAGUCGAUGAAGUGACUCGGGACUGGGGUCUUCACGAAGUGGAGGCGGUCAUGGACCGUCGUGACAUUAACACCAGUUUCUUCAGAGUGAUGACGUUCUUCGGACAUCACACACUGCACCAUUUAUUUCCUACUUUGGAUCACGCUGUCUUAGAAUACAUGUAUCCCGUAUUUCUCCAACAUUGUGAAAAAUAUCGUGCCAAAUUUCGUGUUACCACGCAAUUUGAUAUGGUUGUACAACAAAUUAAAUUAACAGCAAAGAAAACACCGAAUCUUCUAGAAAAGAGUAAUUGAAUACUAUUUUUAUAAAAAGAUUACUAUCGAUUAAAUCAAGAGCCUAGUUUAUAAUGUUAACAUUUUUUUAAUAAACUUAAACCAAAUGUAUUUGGUUUGUAAAUCACGAACACACGUUUUGU